AUGGCGUCCCUGGUCACUGGCUCCCUGUGCCUGCUCAUCUGGCUGCUGCUUGUCGGGCCCCAGUUCAGCGUGGACCCUGGGGACAGUGCGGCGCCUCCCUCCCCGCAUGACUCCCCUGCCCCUAAGUCUACGAGGCAAAUGCCCGAAGACACGUUGAAACCAGAGGUCUUUCCCAAAGCAGCCUGUGGCCAGAGGAGGAUAGUAGGGGGACAGCCAGCAGCACAGCGGAAGUGGCCCUGGCAGGUCAGCCUGCAGGUUAAAGGGACACAUGCCUGCGGGGGCUCCCUCAUCAGCAGCUGGUGGGUGAUUACUGCAGCCCACUGCAUUGUCACCCAUCAGGACUACUCGGUGAAGCUUGGAGACUCAAACCUGAGGCAUGAAGCCCCAACGGCAGUAGAAGUUCCAGUCAAAGAUAUCGUUAUACAUCAAGACUACUCAGCCUUUGGUAUAGCCUUUGGAGCAAUCUUUAAUGACAUCGCGCUGGUGCUGCUGUCCUUCCCUGUGAACUACUCCACGCACAUCCAGCCUGUGUGCCUCCCUGCCAAGUCCUUGCAGUUAGCCGCUGGUACACAGUGCUGGGUGACUGGAUGGGGCAAAACACAUGAAGACGAAAACCUGCCGACUCAGCUUCAUGAGGCUGAGGUAAACAUAGUGGACCUUCAGAAAUGUAAUGAGGAUUUACAGGAAUUGUUGCACAUGUUUAAUAACGUGGUCAGUGAAGGGGGCCUUUGUGCUUAUGGUGAAGGAAAGGACGCCUGCCAGGGAGACUCUGGGAGUCCUCUUGUCUGUGAAUUUCAGAAUAGGUGGGUACAGGUGGGCAUUGUGAGCUGGGGCGUUGGCUGUGGCCACAGAGGAAUUCCAGGAGUCUAUACAGAUGUCGCUUUCUACAAGGACUGGAUCAUGAAGCUAAUGACUUCUAAGCCCCCUGAGAGUCCUGCUGAAGUCCCUCCGCUGCUCCCAGAGCAAGAAGGCAGCGUGCACCUCAAGGAGGAAACAGGCCUGCUCCGGGGAGCUUGUGGGAGCAGCUUCACAGGCCCAGGGUUCGGGGCUGCUCCCAUAAGUACACUGUCCUGGCGCGACAGGCACAGCAAGGUGUGUUGA